AUCAAAAUGUCGGAAAAAUGUAGAAAUUAGCUCUACGUCAUCAAUAAGCGACGCGGCAUGCAAGACUGUGAAGGACAGCGACAAGAACCUUAGAAUGAAACACUGAAGAUAUACAUAGUUAAAUAAAAAGAGAGCAAAAACGUGUGAAAUCCGUCAGUAGGACGCGAUGUCGCUCUCGUGUUUGACCCGAGCUCUUCGCUCUCUGACCAUCUCACAGCAUACACUGCUGUCCUCGCAGGCAGCUGUACAACGUAAGCUGGGAGCUCAAAUGCCCACCACAAUAGUUCAAUGCAGAGGAUUCCUCACCACUGUCCCUCUGGAGCAGAAUAGGAAAAACUGGAAGAAGAUGGAGAAGUACACCAUCAGACCUAUAGGAAUGAAGAAGACAGGCGGCCGCGAUCACACGGGAAGGAUACGAGUACAUGGUAUUGGUGGUGGCCAUAAGCAAAGGUACAGAUGGGUAGACUUCCAGAGACUCCGCUAUGAAGAAGGCAAAGAGGACAAGCCAUUUGAGGAGAAGGUUGUGGAAGUUAGAUACGAUCCCUGCAGGUCAGCUGGCAUUGCCUUAGUGGCAGGAGGUAACCGUAAAAGGUGGAUCAUUGCUACAGAGAACAUGGAGUCUGGAGAUAUGAUCAAAACAUCUGGAGUUAUUGGACGCAUGGCAGUAUUAGCAAAGGAAGGCGAUGCCCACCCACUGGGAGCACUUCCUGUGGGGACACUAGUGAACAACCUGGAGACUGAACCAGGGAAGGGAGCACAAUUUAUAAGAGCUGCAGGGACAAGUGGUAUUCUGCUCCGUAAAGUGAACGGAACAGCAAUUGUUCAACUUCCUUCCAAGCAACAGGUUCAGGUCCUGGAAAACUGCAUGGUAACGGUGGGACGUGUGUCCAACAUUGACCACAACAAACGGAUCAUUGGCAAAGCCGGUCAUAAUCGUCAUUUAGGUAUUCGCCCUUCAAGUGGCCGGUGGCAGAGGAAAGGAGGCUGGGCAGGACGCAAGAUUAAACCGUUGCCUGCAAUGAAGAAUUACGUCAACCUGCCUUCAAUCACAGGGCAGUGAGCAGGAGUCUGGACCGGACUUGGUUACAUUUCAUUUGUUCCCUCAAUCAUCCAGGAAAAUACAAAUAAAGACAAAUUGUUUGUACAGAAGAUUAAAAAUUUUAUUAAACACAAUUGCUUGUGAGAGCAUGGAAAUAAACAAGAAACAAUAUAAAAAUCCAAAACAUAUGUACAUAUUGUAACACAUGCAGAGUAACUUUUAGUGGUAAAAUUUAAAAAUACUGUCAUGUCUUAAAAUAGGGUAUGUGCAAAGACACUGGGUGGCAUUUCAAGUAACAGGAACAAUGAGACGGCAUGUAGUUUGACCAUCAACGAUAAUUUUUAACAAGGAUGUUCAGUUGUUUUUUUUGUUGUUUUUUUUUUUUUUUUGCAGUGCUGAAAACAUGGUGAAAAAUAGGCGAUGCCUGCUCAUUGAUCCGGCCUUGUACAAAUGCCCCCAUGCUACCUCUAAUGGAGGGGCAAAAACAUUAGGAAGAAAAUGAGGUCAAACAUAUUGAAUUCCACUUGUCGUCAUUUUAGCUCAAUUUUGAUUUAAAAGGCUAAGUCACAUGACAGAUUCCCUCAAACAACAGUGCCCCUGUGAGCACCAUUCAGCCCUAGAGUAAAAUACGUUGGGGUUACUUGAUCGUCUGAUUACCGAAAGGCCUCAACCUUUCAAAAAGAGGCUGUAAAUAUGAAAAACAACUGGAUGUUUAUGGGCAGACACACAGUGGCAGCUGCAACAUAAGUUCUUAGACAAGUGG